AAAAUUUAACCACGAUUGGAAAAUUAGAUACAAUCCUGAAUACUGUAAAACAAGAAGUAAAAGAAUGUUUAAGAUUGCUCGGAAUCCCUUUUCAAACCGGUGAUAGUUUGAUGUCUAUGCUUAAAAAAUUAGUAAAAGCUUGUGAAGAAAUUGAAAUAACCGGCCCUGUUCAAAGAAAUUUAUUGAGAUAUUUGAAAAUGUUGGAUCCUAAAACUCAAAUAAAUAAUCCUAAAUCCUUUGGAACUGAGUCUUCGAGUAUGGAUGCUUUGGUAAAAGCUUGCUUUGAAAAUAGUAGAGAUAUUUUAAACAAAGAACAAUUUGAAAAUAGACCUGAAAUUAUUUAUUUUUUAUCUAAAUCAAUAUUAAAAAUUGAAAUGUCUGAAAACAUUGAAAACGUUCAUCCAAAAGUUCUUCAAAUUCCAAGUAGUUCAGGAGAACUCGAUCGCAUACAAGAAAUUAUUAAUACUCUAAGUGCCGAUAAAAAAAAACUACAAGAUGAAAUAGAACUUUUAAAAUUGAACAACCCUCUGUUAGAACAAGAAAAUAAAGACUUAAAAGAUGCAAACAAUAACUUAAAAAAAGAAAAUGACAAUUUAAAAACAUCAAAUGAUACAUUAAAAAAGAAAAUGAAGAAUUAA